UUUCUAAAAUACCCAGGUCUAGUUUUUUUUUUUCUGUUUGAAAUAUUAUUUUUCGGGCUGGGCGAUGCAGUAGAAAGCUGCUGCUCAUCUUUUGGCACUGCCAUUUGUACAGAGUUACGAAUUGUUCUGCAGAAGAAAAGAGGAAAUAUUUUGCAGACUGUCGAAAACCUGAAAUAUUACUCCCGGCGAGGAGCAGAGCUGAGAUCCAUGCAACGGGAGCUUCUGUAGUUGGUAUGUUUAGUCACCGUAAAUGGAAAAGAAAAUCUAGAAAGAGCAAUUGGCAGUGAAACAUAUUAUCAUGUCUGAGAUAAAAUAGAUCCCACUAAGAGAAGGCAAAUCUGUGCGCUUUUUAAUGAAUUAAUCAUAGCUUAUUAAUAACGAGAGCUGGAGAGAUUCGGAUGACGGUUUCCAUUGGCAGAUGAGACGUAGUGUGGAGAACACGUGUCCAGUUUUUCCCUCAUAUUUUUUCCUCCCUGAUCUGGAUUUCUCGCUUGUCACGGCAAGAAAGGAAACGUUAAAAGAUCGAAAAUUUUGAGUGGCAUAAUUGCACAAGGUUCCCCCUCUCAUGGACAUCUUGGCUUGCAGAUCUGAAGAGAACAGUUAUAACAUCCUCCCAUCUGCGGCUACGAUGCUUUUCCAUGGCCUCCCCGGAGGCGACGUUCGCGGUGUGGUGGAAGAAAUGGACCGGAGAGGAAAGAGCGAGUCAGCGGCCAUCAGCUCAGCCAUCGAUAUGGGAGAGUCAGAGACGUCCAUGCCAUGCAUGACCAACGAGCGCGUGGCUCUGUGCGCGGGCUGCGGCAGGAAAAUCGCGGACCGAUAUUACCUGUUGGCCGUGGACAAGCAGUGGCACAUGCGCUGCCUCAAGUGCUGCGAGUGCAAACUCAACCUGGAGUCCGAGCUCACCUGCUUCAGCAAAGACGGCAGCAUCUACUGCAAAGAGGACUACUACAGAAGAUUUUCGGUGCAGAGAUGCGCUCGGUGCCACCUGGGAAUCUCGGCCUCGGAGAUGGUGAUGCGAGCUCGGGACCUGGUCUAUCACCUCAACUGCUUCACCUGCACUACCUGCAGCAAGAUGCUCACCACCGGGGACCACUUUGGCAUGAAAGACAGUCUGGUGUACUGUCGGCUGCACUUUGAGACUCUCAUCCAGGGAGAAUAUGAGACACAUUUUAACCACGCGGACGUGGUGCAGCACAAAGGCCUGGGCCCGGCCAACACGCUCGGACUAUCCUACUUCAGCAGCGUGGGGACGGUGCAGAAAGGAAGGCCGAGGAAGAGGAAAAGUCCUGGGCCAGGGGCCGAGCUGGCUGCUUAUAAUGCAGCGCUGAGCUGUAAUGAGAACGACGGCGAAUCCAUGGACAGGGACUCCCAGUACAGCUCCAGUCAGAAGACCAAGCGCAUGCGGACGUCCUUCAAGCAUCACCAGCUGAGGACCAUGAAGUCCUACUUUGCCAUCAACCACAACCCAGACGCCAAGGACCUCAAGCAGCUUGCCCAGAAAACUGGCCUCACCAAGCGGGUCUUACAGGUGUGGUUCCAAAACGCUCGGGCCAAAUUCAGGAGGAACCUGCUGCGGCAGGAGAGCACCGGGGUAGACAAGGCGUCCGACGGCUCGACGCUGCAGGGUGGUACACCGUCAGGCCCGGCCUCUGAGAUCUCCAAUGCCUCCAUGAGUCCCUCCAGCACACCCACCACCCUUACGGACUUGACCAACCCCACCAUGCCCACUGUCACUUCUGUGCUUACCUCCGUGCCAGGUAGCAUGGAUGUCCACGAGUGCCGGAGCCCAUCACAGACCACGCUGACCAGCCUCUUCUGAUAGAUGGAGCCCUUCUUCACAGCCCCCUCUCCCCUGUCCUCCCUGGCCCCAUCCCUUAGCUCCCCCCUGCUCACCUCUGCUCCUUGUGGAUCUACAAUUAAGCAUGGUUCACUCCUUGGAACAUUUAACGGAUUAGAAAACAAAAGGAAGCAAACUGAAAAGGUUUCCUUUAGAGACUGUUUGAUUAGUGAGGUGGCUGAGCCUUACACACGGAACAUUUGUUGUUAUUUUGAUGUUGUCUUGUUGAGAACUGAGGAGACUUGAUUUGCAUUUUUCAAUGUUUACAGAGAGAGACUGAAAGUGGUAAAAAAAAAAAUUUGGAAUAUCAUUUUUUCCAACACAGUAUUUAUGUUAUAUUGUACAAGAAUCACUGUUAGAAGGAUUGUAAAAAAUCAUUUUCUUUCUUUCUUUCUUUCUUUCUUUCUUUCUUUCUUUCUUUCUUUCUUUUGUUUUGGAAAUCUGAGA